AUGGUCCUCUACACUGAAGUUGUUAGAAGUAACCCAGUUUUUCAUGCUGCAUGGCUACUGGGAACUGGCGAUACAAAAAGUCUUUCGAAACGAGAAAUCAUGGCGCAAGAUUUAUCGGAAAUUUGUGUGCAGAUCAUCAGAAUGAUGCCAGACAAAGACAGAAGUACCGAAUCUAAAGCUGCUCUCUAUCUGCUCUCACUAUUGACUUAUGGGACUGUUCUCAUUCAUCGAACGCAAGUUGAAUUUUUGCAAAGAGAUGCUGAAAAACUGAAGGAACUCAUUCGGAAGAAAAGUUUCAUUUUAUUAAUGGCAGAGAAGUUCGAUAGAGAGCAAGAGAUUCGGAAGCACACUGAAAAUAGGGCUAAACUACGAUCAACUCCGAUCGCUUGUCUGGAAGAUAUCGAUGAAUUGGUUAAUUUGGCGGACUUGCCUAUGAUCAGUGCGCGAAUUGGAAUUAACGGAGAUCCACGUGACUUUACGAUGCUGGAUGCCGUUCCAAACUUUUCACAAUGGAGUGAUGUCACUGCGGACGUAGCAAGUUUUUAUGGUUCCGUGGAAGCAUAUUCCAGUCAGAAAAGUGAUACCUUACACUCUACUUUCGUUGAAGGAAAUGGAUCAAACGAACAAAGUAGAGAAAAGCGAGCAGCUACUGUAUUUGCAAAUUUCCAUGAGAACAUUGUUUCCAAACAUGGAAAUGAACAUUCACCGAAUGCAAGAAAGAUACCUGUCGCCGUGGAAACAGAAAAGGAAACUGAGUGGAUUGAUGAAUCGAAAGCAGGUCAAAAUCAACUGGAAGCGGGAGCAGUUCUGGAUCAUAUUGAGGAGCCACAAAGACUUCUUCCUGCGCAACUCGAUGAUCUAGAUCUUGUGGAUGUCCCGUUAGAUCAACAAGCUAAAGUAACCGCGUACUUGCAAACAAUUUUAUCUUUAUCACUCGAUGAAACAAACUUACCGCCAGUACCACAAGAUCUUAAUCUUUUUGAAGACAUUUUGUCACCUCCUCCUAAAAAAUCGAGAUUGGAAACAGAAAGAAACGGAGAAGAAGAGUUCCAAGACAGGGAAGUUGCUCGACGACGACAAUCCUCACGUCCACAUACUCCUAUCAAUCAGAACAACUUGACUGAUCUUCAUUCAACCUUGAAAACAGACGAUCAGACUUCAAGAAUCGAAGACCCAGCUGUAACAACGGAACAAGGGCAAACUAUGAGAGCCGAUAAGCCCACGACACCGAUGGAAGAUCCUGAUAUCCAAGUAGAGAUUAGAGGAACAACAGACACAAAUCGAACUGGUGAAAAUUCAAGUCCAAGUCUUGAGCUUGACUCUCAGAUACAGUUCAUUCCGCCUCAGAGAAAAAGGUCAAGACGAAAUUUACCUUUUGUACAUGGCGAUGACAUGGAAAUUGACGAAGUUGUACAAAAUGUACUUCAAGCUGAUUGGUCAUCUUUAGUUCGCAAAAAGGAAGAUGUUCUAGUCAUUUCUAAUGCAAAAAAGAGUGAUAUUCCAUUGCUUAUGUUCAACCCCGCUCCAAACUUUGGCCGCUCGCGUAACUUGCCUGAGGAACUCCAGGAAUUCUUCAAAUCCAGGGUGUUUCGUGGCUAUACUGGAUACGCUGUUAGCGAAACGGACGAGGAAUCAAUCAGAGAAGAGCCGGAAAAAUUUGCAGCAAUGCGACUGUUGACACCAAAUCGCUUGGAUGAGCCGAUAGAAUUUCAAGAAGAACUAUAUCAACGUGAAAGAUUCAACGAUGAAUUGAUGCCAGUUCAGAUUGAUGACCAGACAAAACUAAUGCAAGAGGAAUUAUCUGUUACCAAACGGUUGGAAAACAUUGAAAAUGAUCAACCACAUGAAAAGCUCGUAGAGUCCGCAUCACAGAACUUGAGUUAUGCAUUCACCAGGCUGCUAACACCUGAAAAGGAAAGAGAAGCAGCGAUUAUUGAGGAAUUGGAUUUAGAACCGCUACCAGUUACUCAUAAUUACGCCCAUCUUAACUUAUCCAACCCAAACAAUGAAACCAUGCGACCGAGUGAUCCAUAUGAGUCAAUCGGAACAGAAGAAGAUGUUGAGAAUGUUAGAAAAAGACAGAAAAGUAGUUUGGGUGUCGGACAUCAAAGAACUGAAGACUUGGAAGAGGACGCAUUUGAAGUUCAGCGUCGCCUCCGAGCGUUCGAUCGAGAAGAGCGCAUGCGUCUCGCAAUGGAAGCGAAGGAAGAUGAAAUAUUCUUCUACUCAUCCGGCUCGCUACUACCUAACAACAAGCAGAUAAUUCAUGACCAGUUUCUGAGAGAAGCGGAAUCAAAAUAUCCUGGUUGGUUGGAUUUCAAUGAAUUCACUGCUGAUAAAACUUGUAAAGAAGCAGCUAUCGCCUUCGAAGGCUUACUCUUGAAUUUAAAGAGCCGCAACGUUCUCGCCGAGCAAAACGGCCCGUUUAGCACCAUCUUUGUUCAACACGUCAAAAAAUAG